AGCCAAAUCCAACUAAGCUAAUCUUCUUCUAUUCCCCUUUUGCUUCUCUAUAACACUAAAAAACCAGAAUUUUUUUUUAAAGUUUUUGAUUCCAAAACAAGAGCUCUAUUAUAAACUAAUCCCCUUCUUUCUAUAGUAUAGUUUCUCUCUCUUUUUUCUCCUCAAACUCUACUAAAUUCUCCCUACUCCCCUAUAGAGUUUUUCAUAUAAAGAAUUGAAGUGCUUCCAUAAAAUAGGGAGAAGAAAAUGAGAAUGUAUUGAAAGUGAUGAUGAUAUUAAUAUCUCACCUUCCAAAAACCAACCUUUGCUUGAAUCCAACUCUACUCAAACCCCAUUUCUACUAAUCUACCAAACUAUCAUAAAGAGGGGUUUACUCAAAUUUUCUUUUAAAGUGUCCACCAAACUUUUGUUGCUUCUUGUUUUACAAUUAAAACCCACCAAAAAAAAUCCAAUCUUUACAUAAAAAUCCAAUCUUUAAAUAAAAAAAAGGAUUUUUUUUUGUGGGUUUCUUGAAAAUGAUUGAAAUUAUAAGAUAGGAGCUUUUCUUGAUUUGUUCUACCAAAAAAAUCCAAUCUUUUUUAUUGUGGGUUUCUUGAAAAUGACUGAAAAUAUAAGGUAGGAGCUUUUCUUGAAUUGUUGUACCAUUAAAAAUUUAAAACCCACAAAAAAAAUCCAAUCUUUUUUAUUGUGGGUUUGUUGAAAAUGACUGAAAUUAUACAACCCCAACAUGAGUUACCUUCAUCUUCAAGCUCCAUUAGUAUACUACCAUGUUUAGUAGCUAGAGAUAAUGAUGGGUCUCACCAAGAAAGUCUAAUUAGUGGACCCAAUUUGUAUUCUGUUGUAGAUGUAUACAGAGGGGGAAAUAAUACUGAGGUACAAGUAAGAGGAGUUGGUAUUUCUGGUAGGAAAAGAGAGAGAAAAAGGAGAGAAAGAGAAGAAGGGGGAGAUCAGCUGUCUUUGUUAACACUUUGUUUAACUGGUUUUAGGAAAUCUUUGGUUGCUUGUAAGAGCAAUUUUGAUAUUAUUAGUGGUGUUGGUGUUGAAGAGCUGCUUUCUUCUUCUUGUUCUGGUUUUAGUUCUAGUUCUAGUUCUAGUUCUGCUAAUUCAUCAAUGGAGAUUAGUUGGCCUAGUAAUGUCAGACAUGUUGCUCAUGUCACUUUUGAUAGGUUUAAUGGAUUUCUUGGACUUCCUGUUGAGUUUGAACCUGAAGUACCUAGAAGACCUCCCAGUGCCAGUACAAGAGUCUUUGGAGUUUCGACAGAUUGCAUGCAGCUUUCAUUUGACUCUCGAGGAAAUAGCGUCCCCACAAUCCUUCUGAUGAUGCAAGGGCGCUUAUACGUUCAAGGUGGCUUGCAGGCUGAAGGGAUCUUCAGGAUCAAUGCCGAAAAUGGCCAAGAAGAAUUUGUCAGGGAGCAGCUAAAUAGGGGAAUUAUUCCAGAUAACAUUGACGUCCAUUGCCUAGCAGGUCUUAUAAAGGCUUGGUUCAGAGAGUUACCAACGGGAGUUUUGGAUUCUCUCUCGCCAGAGGAAAUUAUGCGUUCUCAAUCGGAAGAAGAGUGUGUGCAGCUCGUGAGACUUCUUCCUCCAACUGAAGCUGCUCUAUUAGAUUGGGCUAUUAACUUGAUGGCUGAUGUUGCUCAACUGGAAAGUUUUAACAAGAUGAAUGCACGUAAUAUUGCUAUGGUGUUUGCUCCAAAUAUGACACAGAUGGCAGAUCCGUUGACUGCUUUGAUGUAUGCUGUUCAAGUUAUGAACUUCCUCAAAACUCUAAUUCUCCGGACUUUGAAAGACCGAGAAGAAACUGUUGUAGAAGCUGGUCCUGCACCAGAAUUGGAACCAUUCGAUGAAAAUGGACAUCAUAGUGCUUCACAGCCAAUAGUUCAGAAGUCUAACGAGAUCGAGGAGGAUAUCCUUAUAUCCAAAGGACGACCCUCAAGUGGCGCUGCUAAUUCUACCCUCAGAGAGAUAAUAGUUGAGAAUAAAUCCCAUGGAUUACCGUGUACCAUAGAGAACGUUCUUCAGGAAGAUGCGUUCGUUGAUUGUCUCAGUGAAAUCUCAAACCUGCCAGACAGCACAAAGGAUGAGCUUGGAUCUGGUAACAUCAAUUCAACAAGUGGAAGAAGUCAGCCAAAAAUCCGAAGGACUAAAAGCGUGCAUUCGAGUAGUUCUAGUCUGAAAGGAUCAAAGAAAAUGAUUGAAUGGCCAACAGGUCAUGUAGCUGGAAAUUUAGAGAAAGGCAAGGGGGUCAGAAUCAUCGAUAGGUUGAAUUCGACAACAGAAAGGGUGGAAGCAUGGCGAUGAACACGUCUCUCGCCUCAACGAGCCAUUGUUGCUACCUCAUCAAGAAGUUAAAUGAUUGUGAUUUAUGUUUGAAAAAAGGACAAUGUAUUAUCCAGUUAUGUUUGUGCUUGGAUAUUGGUUACUUUCUUAGUAGUUCAAACAGGAAUUCUGUCACCUUUCCGUCUAGGCAUGUUUGGCUGGGGAAACUAGCAGGAUGAAUGUAAUUUAUGUGUUAUUUUUUUGGUAGAAUGAAUAUUGUUGUGGUUUCCAAUUUCAAUAUGAUUUUCUU